GUGCGUUCAGGUUUCCGUGUGAACAUGUGACCGUGUUCGUGUGCGGCUCUCCAUGUGACCUGUUGGUUGCCUGCUGCUUGGCUGGGCUACAGCUGUCGACACACCACUCACUGCUGAGCCUGUGGAAGAAAGAGAGGGCAGACUGAAGAAGAGCUACUGAGACGCACAGGCUUUGGCACGCCGGUGUUUUCCAGCGAACUUGCACCCAGCUGAAGAAAGAUACAGUCUUCUUGAACACAGACCGACGUUCCAGAAGAGCAGAAAGCAAGACUUAUAUUGUGCUGCUCUUGUAGCAAAUUUCUUGGAAGUUUUUUUUUUUUGGUUCUUGUCGUUUUUGCUGUUGCACUACUCUGCUGACUGAGAAGGAUGUCUGAAUUUUGAUUCGCUUUGCAACACAACUUGAAUGCUUCGCAGCCGAGGACUGAGAUGCUGAAGAGAUGGAGCUGAGCUGCAGAGAAGUGCCCCUCUAUGGGCAGGUGACAGCUUACGCAGUGUUGGAGACGACGGCUCUUCUGCCUGAGGAGGCUGAGUUCUAUUUGGUGUAUGAGGGUUCCAGCCAGGACCACAUCACAGGGGCACAGAUACAUUGCGAUGGAAACACAAGCACUCUUCAUUUUGUUGUUCCAGGUCAUAACCAGUUGGAAAACGUGUCUGUUACUGCCUGCAUUUAUAUGACGGGUCACCCCAUCGCUGUCCUGGCCAGAAGCUCUAUCACGUACAUUCCGGAUAAAGCACAUGACCUAGCCCGAUUCCUGGUGGAUAACUCUCACUGCCUAACCGCCAGUAGCCACUUAACCAUACUGAAGCGAUUUGGACUGAGUGGAGAAGCCAGAGACACUGUCGAUGACAAGACCACACUGACCUUGGCUCACCUGGAGUGCCCUUAUUCAUGGAACGUCCUGGGAAGCCAUACUGGAGAAGAGCUCAGGCCCAGAGAGUCCUUGCUUCAUCUGGCAGUGCGAUUAGGCCUGUUUAAUCUUUCUCAGUUUCUGCUGUGCCAGCCUGGCGGCCUGAUAGCUUUGUCUUUACCUAACGAGGAUGGAGCCACUCCAGAGCAGCUGGCAAUUCAGACCGGGAACCAAGGGCUUGUGGAGCUGCUGAGAAAUCCCCCGAAUCCCCUGGUCACUGCCUUGGCUGGUAUUUCUGAGAUCCAGGCUGACAGUGGCAGGCAGCUGAAGUUCUUUCAUUUAUCGGAGGCCUUGUCACUCACCGUCACUCAUGGCACAGAUUGGACACUGGAGGCAAACAUUCAGCUCCUGAGGAAGCAUUUAAAGGACAACAACUUCCUAACAGAGAUUACAUCCCUUAAAAUAAACGGACCGGAUGGCAGGCCACAAAUGGAAUAUACUGAAGGCACUGCUGACAAAGGCUCUUUGAAAGAUAUCUGUGGGGGAACCCAUACUCUAUUAGAUAAUGUUUUUGAAGAACAGUUGGUGCUGUCGAUGGAUGGAGAGGAUGUGGACCAUGCACAGUUAAAUACAGAGAAAGGCCAUUCCUCACAAGAGGCUUUCCAGAAAGCCGGCGCUCAUUCCACCUUCAACGCGGCUGCCAGACUCUCCGCCAUGCUGAGCGGGAAUGAUGAGAUCUACGCAAACGCCAUGCUUGUGGACCAUGUUGAUGACAUGGAUAUAAAGUACAGCACUGAUGGGACCAUCACUGAAAGCACAUCAACAGACAGCUCUAGCCAGGAUCUGAGUUGGGGCAUUCGCUCCGACGCUGGCUCCCUGAAUGCAGGCCCACUUGCCUCUAACCACAUAUCUGAACGCUGCAAUGAUAAAUUGGACACCACAAGUAAUACAGCCGACACAGAGCAGUUGCACACAAUCUCAGCUGCCAACUUGGCUCUUGCAAGACUGAAUCAGACACAGCGGCCCCUGGGAUUUAAUAAAGGAGGAGGUGCACCAGAUAGCAAGAUGAGCGAACAGAGCCCCAGUCUGGAUGGUCUCUAUGUGGACAGUGAAGAAGAGGAUAAUUCGGACAAGUCUCGUCCAUCCAACCUUUCAUCUGCAGCCCAUCUGCAAGUGAGCAGUGGUGAUGAACAGGUCUCCUUCAACACGUCUCCAGAGUUGUCUGCCAACAGAAUAAGAUCCAGCUCUGCGUACAUCACUGCUAACUUAAAGGAACCGGUGGAUUCUGGAGUCCGGCUGCGUUCUUAUUCCUAUUCUUCCCCCAAGAUUACCCUGGCCAGACCUCGCGGCAUUCGGGACUCAGGGAAUUCCCAUCUGAGCGAAGAUGGUGUGUUCAACAGCGGCCGGUCCCUUCUGCAGGCUCUCUCUCUGUCUAAAUCAGUGUCUCUGCUCCACCCUGGUAAGCAGCGUGCUUACAGCUUGCCAGAGCAGCCCAGAGAGAAAAGAAUUGAAGAGGAGGAGUGGGAUAAAUACAUUAUCCCAUCCAAAUGUGAAUCGGAGAAAUUCAAAGUUAGUCGCACUAUCAGCUUCUUAAAAAGCAGGAUGUCUAGCACAAGGAACAAGAACAAGGGGAAAAAUAAGGACAAAGAAGGAAAGGACAGGUUGGUCAAUGGACACCAGUUCAUAACGGGAUCGUGCUCAGGACUGACGUUGUGUUUGGUCUGUGACAAGCCUGCCAUUGGGAAAGAGCUCUUGCAGUGUUUCAACUGUGCGAUCAGUGUCCAUAAAGGCUGCAGAGAUUCUGCGACACCAUGUCUCAAGAAACUGGAUAAAUACACAGUGGCAGCCAAGAACAAGCCAGCAUCUUCCCAACAGUCUUCAGCAGUCAGAGAAAUCCCAUCUCCACCUGUCUCAGCGAUUAAUGCGACUUCAUCCCUCCCUGUGGGGACAUCGUGGGACGGGAGGCGAGACCCCUCCCACCAGGGCCCCCACAUCUCCAAGAGCAUGUCAGCUGUCAGCAUGGAGCGUAGGCUGAACGAGGAGAUGGAUUCGGAUGGGGACAGUGCCAGCUGGAGGGGCCAAUCCCAGUCUGAGGAGACACUUCAGUUGAUGGGGACUUCACCCUCCACUGAUUCAUAUGCAGUAGAUGACACCGUUGAUGCCCCCUUGCUAAGUGACCUGUGUGCAGAUUCAGCGGAGUACGAAGCAGAGUCCUGGAGUCUGGCCGUGGACCAGAAGUUCUGCAGCAAGCAGGAGAAACAUGUGAUUAAAAGGCAGGACGUUAUUUAUGAACUGAUGCAAACAGAAAUGCACCACAUCCAGACUCUGCUGAUCAUGUCGGAGGUCUUCAGGAAAGGCAUGAGGGAGGAGGUGCAGCUGGAUCCCUGCACUGUGGCCAGGAUCUUCCCCUGCCUGGACGAGCUGCUGCACAUGCACAGCAGCUUCUUCAGGGCCUUGAAAGGACGACGGCAUGACUGCGCCCAGGAGGACAGUGAGAGGAACUUCCUCAUCCACCGCAUCGGGGACAUCCUGGUGCACCAAUUUUCAGAAGAAAAUGCAGUGAAGAUGAAACAAGUGUAUGGAGAAUUUUGCAGUCAUCAUACUGAGGCGGUUAAUCUCUUCAAAGAGCUGCAACAGCAAAAUAAGAAAUUCCAAGCCUUUAUCAAACAACAAAGUAACAACUUCCUGGCUCGGCGUCGAGAGAUCCCAGAGUGCAUCCUGCUGGUCACACAGCGCAUUACCAAGUACCCGGUCCUGCUGGAGCGGAUCCUGCAGUACUCCAAGGAAGGCAAAGAGGAGCAUGCAGACCUGACCAGAGCACUGGGACUGAUCAAGGAUAUCAUAGCGACGGUGGACCUGAGGGUCAGCGAGUACGAGAAGGAGCAGAAGCUGCUGGAGAUCCUGAGCAGGGUCGAGAACAAGACGUUUGCCAAGCUGAAGAAUGGCCACUUGUUCCGGAAGCAGGACCUGAGGAGCAGGGACCGCACUCUGCAGCAUGAGGGGCUGGUCUACUGGAAAACAGCCACCGGGAGGCUGAAAGAUAUCAUGGCUCUACUUCUGACUGACGUUCUAAUAUUCCUGCAGGAGAAAGACCAAAAAUACGUCUUUGCUGCGGUGGAUCAGAAACCUCCAGUUAUCUCUCUACAGAAGCUAAUAGUGAGAGAAGUAGCCAACGAGGAGCGAGGGAUGUUUCUGAUCAGUGCUUCAUCUGCAGGGCCAGAGAUGUAUGAGAUUCACACGGCUUCCAAAGAGGAGCGCAACAGCUGGAUGAGACACAUUCGAGAAGCAGUGGAGAGCUGUCCAGAGGAGGAGGAGGAGCGGACAAGUGAGACCGAGGAGGACAGGCGGAUCGCUGAGGCCAGGGCACAGAAGAUUCUUAAACUCCAGGAGACUCUCAGCAACCAGGACCAGCAGAUCUGCAACAGUUUGGAAGACAAGCUGAGGAUCUAUGCAGAGCUCACAGGCAUGAGCGUCCACCAGGAGUCCAUGCCAGGGCCACACUUACUGAUCAGACCAGACCCAGAGGAAGUGCCACAGGCUGCCAUGCUUUUAACAGCAGCACUCAGAGAGGCUGAAAAACUCACUGCUACUCUGACAUCACAGCCCUGUGGUUCCAGUAGCCAAUCACAGGAGAGUCUUGGUGAGCCCAGUUCACCGAUGAAACUCAAAGCCUUUGAAAGUUUCAGCAGUAUUCCUGAAUCUCCAACUGAGUCUGAUUACUUGAACACACAGAGUUCUAGUUCUGUAUCCCUGUCGUCAGACUCUGAAAUAAGGGAAGGGGAAUGGUCUGGAGCUUAUUCUUACAUCUUACAAUCCCUCAGGGAAUUGAAGAGAACCGACUCCAACAAUACCAGCCUCAAGGUGGCUCAGAGUGUGCAGAGCUUGACACAACUCAUGUACAGCUUGCAGGCAGCCGUGACGAUUCAGGACAGCUGCUUCGAGGUCCAGAAGCUACUCCUCCUGGAGAGCGAGCGCAUUCCCCGCCUCCCCGGUUCCCGCGGCAACCUCCUCCAGGAGCAGGAGAAGCAGCGUAAUGUGGAGAAGCAGCGUGAGGAGCUGGCUGGUGUGCAGCGGCUGAAGAGCCAGCUGAGACUGGAGCAGCAGCGCUGGGAGCGUGAGUGCGACCACCGGGAGCGGCAGCAGAGGGAGCAGGAGAGCCGGCUGGAGCAGCGAGAGAGAGAGUGCCACCUGCAGGCCGAGCGGCUGCAGCGCGAGCGCGAGGAGCUUGAGAGCCAGCUGCAGGAAUACCAGCACAACCUGGAGCGGCUGCGCGAGGGCCAGAGGCUGGUAGAGAAGGAGAGGGAGAAGCUGGACAGCUGGAAGCACAGGCACCAGAGCAGCCUGCCCAUUAUGUUUCCAAUGGACAGCAACCAGGUGACCAGUCACUGCCGCUCAAGAAGCUUUGAAGGGGGCGGUUCUGUUUUUGUGAAUGAGGCUGCCUUGCAGAUGUCUCUUAUCAACCACCACCGCUCCAGUUCCUUUGUGUACCCGGACACCCCCAGUGCACACAACAGUUUAAACUCUCUGAUUGCACGAACUAGCGAGAACCAGACCAAUCAGAGGACUGACUUUCCGUACCACCCACUGGCCUCCUCCAAUCAGAACUGGAGGCCGCAGAGCACCCAGCAGCAGAUUCCAGCAGGCGUUGUUUGGGGACACAGAGACAGAGCCAAUAACGAAACCAACACACACUGUUCUAACACGGACAAAGCUUCUCUUGGGCAAGGCCAAAGCGCAUCAAGCCCAUAUCGAGGAUAUUCCCAGUCCCCGCCACUGCAUCUCCUGAUUGAGCCCCAGAACUAUAUCUCCCUGCAGCCUGAGAAUGGACAGGAUGGGAGUGAAGAGAACAUUGUCUACCUCUGAGUGCUUCUGCAAUAGAGCAGCGCUGCCCAGAGGAAAACAACCGGAAGCAUUUCCGUCUGUGCUCUUUCUUAUGGAAGUGUCUGGUCGUUGUGUAAAACAUAUACACGAAGAACCUGUUUGUGUACAUAUAUAAAUAUAUAUAUAUAUAUAUAUAUAUAUAUAUAUAUAUAUAUAUAUAUAUAUAUAUAUAUAUAUAUAUAUAUAUAUAAUGUGUGUGUUGUAAACAUUUGUUAUUAGUACUUAAACUGUAAAACAGCAUGGGAAUAAGUAACUGAAUGAUAGAUUUCAUAUUGGAAAUGUUUUCUUUGUUAUAAUCAACCUUAUUGCUUCAGUGAGCAAGUGGAAGAUCAGUGGGUGCCUUAACAGCUGUGCAACACUUUAAGUCUAGUAAACCUGGUUGUAAUUUUUUGUCUAUCACGCCUUCGUAUUCAAAACGCCUACUUGAACUUAUUCAAUAGCACGUGAUCUCCUUUGUUCUGUUCACCAGGCAACAUGAAGAUAUCAGCGGCGAGGCUUCACUGUCAAGCCUGUCACUCUUGCAGUCCUUCCUGUAUGUCAGUGUUUGAUACUGCAAAUAGCAUGACUAUUGUGUUCCUCAGUCUGUCACUCUAAACCCCUUUCUGACUCGCCUAUCAUUUCUGUAUCCUGCUUUUCAAAUAGAGUGCCUAUUUUGCCAAGCUUCACUUUUUCACUUGCCAUGACCACUACGCUUUUGAUUCCAUCCUUAAGUUCACUCAGUUCAAUGAGGUUGAUCUCCCUCCCAUACUCACUCUUUAUUGUGGUUGUUACAAAUGAUCAAACCAACCUGUACCUGGAAGUGGCUGGAGAAAAGCAGCACAUUAUAUACCAGUCCAUUAUACAAGUCCUGUUUAUACGAUUUAUGGAAGCAAAGGAAUACAUUCACCUUUGCACUAAGGUGUAAUUCCUGUCUGUGUGUGUGCAGUAGCAGUGCUGUAAAUGGUGGUGUUUUCAAUACCAAGUGUUUUUUGUAAUGGAGUUUUUGCUUUAUGCUUUGUUGAACCCAUUCCCAUUUCUUCUGCAGUUAAUCUGCACUGAUUGGGCCACAAUUAACAGCAGACUGCAACUCAGAUUCACAGUUACUGUUUCAUUGCACACAUGCUAUUGCAGUGAUUCACAAUUGCAGUUUAAACAUUGCUUUGCACUACUGCUCUCUUCACGUUUUAAUCUGCUCAUGUGCUGCAGCAGUUUGUCAUGUGUGAUAGCUUGAUUUUGUCUGCUUACGUAUGUACUGCCAGUCCUGAAUUCCUCUGAUCCUGUAGAUCUGUAAAGCACCCCCAAAGAUAUCCCCUGUUGUUUUCCUGCAAAGGGAGAGGGUAAAACAAGCCUGUUCUCUUGUUGUGUUUAUCUCCUUUAUCUUAAUUCCUGCAACACAAACAAACACAUGUAAAUACCAUAAUUGUUAGUAUAUAUUGUGCACUUUUCUGGGGCUUGUUUAAAUCCUCAAUUGCAGGAAUAGUGCAAAUGUGCACUAUUCCGAGACAUCACAAGCAGUUGUGUGUUAUACAGCACUGUAAAAUAAACAGAGAAGUUGUUUCAUGACAUGUCAAUGCUGUACGCAGGUGCUUGCGAUUUACCAAAUUGUACGGUAUUCAUGUCUCCAUUUUAUGGCUAAAGCAAUAUGCAAAUCUACAUCUGUGUGUCGUUAUUCUAUAAGCUUGGCCAGUGAUGUGUAGAACUGCUGCAAAAUCUGAGAUGUUCUUUGUGUUUCUUGAAAUGCACUAGGUCUGUGUCAUUUUCUGUAUUUAUUACUGUGUUGCACUUUGCUUUGUAUAUUUGUGGAAUAUCUGAAAUAUACCAGUUUCAUUGUUUUUGUAUCCAACAUCUCUGUUGAGUGAAUGCAUGCUAGUUUUCAUAAAAUCCUGUAAAUCUCUCUCUCAAAAAAAACGGCCAUCCCUUACAUUCACAUGUGCCUUAUUGUGUCUAGUUUGUAAUCCAUGCCUUUUUGCCAUGUUCUACCGGCAGUGUAAAUUGACCUUCCACCUUUUCUGUAACGUGAUAAGUUUGACAAGAAAAAAAUCUUAUGAUCCACCUACAGUAUAUAAACCCUGUAUAAACUGAGAUUUCUAUUGUUUCGUUCAUACACUUUCAAUCAGAACAGCGACUUAAAUAAAAUCAGAUUUUAUCACGUUAAGCUAUUAUGGAACAUUCUGUGUCCGUGUAACACCCAGGAAUAAAGCAGCAUGAUGGCGAAUGAUCUCUCAGUCGGAGAUGCAGGUAGUUCAUGUGAAUUACUCAUGGAUUUUCUGGGACACUCAUGCAAAUACAUAAAGGUCCUGCUUGCUGACAUUGCCAUGGCAACUGGCUGCGAAGGCAAGUUUAAUAAAAUCUGAACAGACUUUAAA